UGGGCUCAACAAACACAUCGAAAUAUGUGACAUUAUUUCCUGAAGAAAGGGUGCGUAACAGAGCAGUGAGAUGUUUGCUGGUUUGAAGCGUUGACGUGAAUUUCAGAUGCAUCGCCCUAAUGGAAUUAAUCUGGCUGGAGAGAAAUUGCAUUUCAGCGCUAAACCAAGGCAGGGAUGAUGAGAAUGCACGAAGACGGAUCGCCAAGGCAGCCGAAUGCCAUUCAAUGACUAUCCUGCACUCUCAAAACCGCAGUGCACAUUUGCCGUCCGUUUUACAUGAGAAAACAUGUUUAUUUUUUUAUCAAAAUACCAAUACGUAUAGCCAAAAUCAGCAUCUCGAAUCGAGGUGAUGAAGGCUCGCACAUUUUAAUCGCUUUUCUUCAAGGAAUGAAAACGCUCCAAGAUGGUCCGCAUCUCAAACGCCCUGGGUUUGGUCAUAUUGAUGGUCGCUCUUCUCAUUUUAUCCUUAAUAAGUUAUGUGUCCAUUAGAAAGGACAGCAUCUUAUCUUCCACAAAAUAUGACAACAUGGGAGGACCACCACGGAUAAUGUUCCACGCAGGAUUUCGGUCCCAGUUUGCCCUGAAUUUCCUGGACCCAUCCUUCAUCCCAUUAACCCAUGCUCUGAAUGAGGAGCUGCAAGGGAAACCAUCCAAAUGGACAUUUAAUAGGACCGCCUUUUAUCAGCAAAGGAAAGAGAUCUUCCAUUACAUUGAUGUGGCCAACAACUUCUCCCUCACCAAGAACGGUGUGCGCGUCGGCCAGCUGAUGCACUUCGACUUCUCCAGUCACAAGUAUGUCUUCUCCAUAAACAACAACCUGAAGUCACUGCUUCCUGAUGCUUCGCCAAUCCAGAACAAACACUACAACGUGUGUGCCGUGGUGGGUAACAGUGGGAUCCUGACAGGCAGUCACUGUGGGCCAGAGAUCGACAGCGCCGACUUUAUCUUCCGCUGCAACUUCGCCCCUACCGACUCCUACUACAAGGAUGUGGGCCGGAAAACCAACCUCACCACUUUUAACCCCAGCAUCCUGGAGAGAUACUACAACAAUCUGCUGACCAUCCAGGACCGCAACAACUUCUUUCUCAACCUGAAGAAACUGGAGGGGGCCAUUUUGUGGAUCCCUGCGUUUUUCCUCCACACCUCGGCCACCGUCACACGGACCCUGGUGGACUUCUUUGUUGAGCACAAGGGGCAGCUGAAGAUCAAGCUGGCCUGGCCAGGAAACAUCAUGCAGGAUGUCAACAGGUAUUGGAAGACCAAGAACCUGUCUCUCAAGCGACUGAGCACUGGUAUCCUCAUGUACACUCUGGCCUCGGCCAUGUGUGAGGAGAUCCAUCUGUAUGGCUUCUGGCCCUUCGGCUGGGAUCCCAACACAGGCAAGAAGCUGCCCUACCACUACUACGACAAGAAAGGAACCAAGUUCACCACCAAGUGGCAGGAGACCCACCAGCUGCCCAGUGAGUUUAAGCUGCUCUACAAGAUGCAUGGAGAAGGUGUGACCAAGCUGAGCCUUUCACACUGUUCCUAGACAUUCCAUCCUGGGUGACCGGGCUUAAGAGAUUCAUUUGGUGACUCUCCAAUACAGCAGCUGACCUUGCGCUCACGUAAUAUAUUUUGCGACUCAAAGCAGACAAUGCAUGAUUUAGAAUUAAUACUUUUAUAUUACGCUUUCACUCUAGAAACACACUAUCAUAUCACCAUUGCAUCUUGCCUCAGCUUUGUCCAAUGUAUGUAAUUCACACUAACAUGUUGGGUUGCGAGGAACAUGGCAGAAUAUUCCAGAUGUGGAUGAUGACGUAACAAUGUAUGUUAUGCUGAAUAUGUCACACUAUCAUCAUACAAUAUUUCACAUCACUUUAUUUGCAUUGCUACCAUAAUUGUGUGGAUAAAUUGAUCAAUAAAACACAUAUAACCUAUUUCAACAAGAAAACACAAGGGAAUACAUUUAAUGCAAAAUAAUCACUAUUUCCAAACAGUAUUUUUCAUAGUGUAGGGGUCGGGUGGGGGGCAUACUGUUAUUGUUAUUUGGCUGUAGCCUUACUUCAAAGGGAUUUGAUUGUUCUUCUGCUUAGUCUCAGGGAUGGAGUUGAGAUCAGUGUUUUUUUCUAAUCGGAUUCAAAUGCCUCCACUGAGGUGCAAAUAGACACACUGUCUAUUUUCCAGCCCUUUUGAGCAUACAGUGAACCGCCACAGGUGCCAGUAGAUAGACAAUGGGCUCAGCCAGCACACUGCACUGUUUUCAGAUUUGUUUACAAGGCCUCUUUAUGUAUGUAAAUUGCUGCCCUAUAUAGAUAAAGAUACUGCAGUGAUAGCCCUAGUCCCACUAUUUUAUUGGGAUUCUGGUGAUAGCUCUGGUAAUAUUUCAGUUUGAGGAUGAAUAAUCUGCAUUCCAACACCAAGCCAUAGACUGAAUUUAAUUACAGUAAACUUUAAAGUACAUGUAUAUUGUUGUUAUCAUCAUCAUUAAGAUUAUGAAUUAAAGAUGCACUAUGAAGAAAUGGCUCUGUCAUUUCCUGGUUCAAACUUUUUUGAAUAGUUUGCCUAAUUUCAGUUUAUGUGAUAACAAGCAAGUAUAGUGUAGAUAAUUAUUGUACCAUCCAAACCUCUGUGAAAUAUAUUUUCCAUAACCAAACAUGUUGUAUUUUCAGCUGUUUGAAGCUGGUGUAAAAAAAAUGAAAGUAAUAGAGGCAAAAACAAAACUUAAGAACGUGAAGCAUAGAAAUAACGCACCUAGAACAGAUCUACAGCUUCUUAGACUUGCUUGUCAAUGUGAAUUUGGUCGGGUCCCCAAAAAGUUACAUAUUGCAGCUUUUAUUUUUAAAGUGCCUGUGUUCUGUUUACAUUUCAAAUGACUUCAAAUCUUAUAUUGUCAAAAUAUAAUAGAACAUCAUAGUGAUAAAAGUUAAAGGGAUUUAACACUGGGAUGCAUACAGUAAUAUAUAUAUAUAUAUUAUGUAUUGAACCACCUCAAAUGAACACUACUUCCUAUCUUUAGUCAAUAACACAUCACUAUUGUUAUGAUGUAGCAACACAGGGAAACGUUUUGCAUUCUACCACAUAGACAUUACUUUGACUUUUUAAUCAGAUAUUAAUGUUUUGAUUAAUAAUUAUAGCAUCUUGUACAAAGAGCAUGAUACACUAUUGAAUGAUAUUGCAUGUAAGAGACUAGCAAAUGUUCAAGGCUAGUUUUAUACAACAUUUUUGAAGGAGAUUAUGUUUCGAGGGGAUACGGGUGUUUUUUGUUAUUAUUUGUAUUUGCGCUGAUAUUUUAAUUAAAAUAUCAUCAGAAACUUUAUAUGAAAGUUGUUUUAAAGCAUAAAUUCCUAUCAAACCACUGGGACCAAAAUUAUUAGUUUUCCGUUACUGACAAUGAAAGAACUAAUGUAACUUUAUUUUUUAUAUCUCUAGAUUAUCUUUACUUUUCUCAGCAAAAUGUUAUAUGAAAAAUAUCAAGUCAAGCUCCACUAUGUUAGAGGAUUGGGUAUGGAUUGGACAUUUUUAGUACUUAACCACUGAUGUCAGUACAACAACUUUGCUCAAAUGGUACAACAUGAUAUCCACAUGACUCACAGCACAUGCACUCAUUGGGAAGGUGGUGACCCUGCUUAUGAGUUCAGAUUUACUAUGCUCAUAAACCAGAUCAUUGGUUCUUUUCAAGUUCUUCAGUCUUAAAUGGAUGGUGUAUGCCCACAGAAGUAUUUUAGAACAUACCAAUUUGUUUUCCCAUCAUAGGACUGUCUGUCAUCAUUAUCAUAAUACAAAUAUAUGAUACUAAUGUGCCAUUAGUUUGCUAGGUAGUACUUUACUCUUAGUCCAUACCCUGAUUAUGUAGAUUAGAUCGGAAAUGUAAUUAGAUCUUUCCCACUUAGAAUGUUUCAUAAGUAAAUAUACCAACGAAUGCCCAUUAAAACUAGACAUGUUAAUUUAUCUGAAUGUAACAUGAUUUGAAAUGUUGGCUUAAGUAUGGCAAUGAUGUACAACAAUAUCUUUCAUUCGAUGGAGGUUUUUUAUUUGAUGAUGUGUCGACAAAUGAUUUCCUGAGAUAGAAAACACUUGGAUAGUUGUGUGGUAUAUUUGUCUUUUCAGUCUCAUCUAAUAGGUUCGGUUGGUGAUUUAUACUAUUUGUUCCACCAUCAAUGUCUUCCUUUGACUGCUUCCAUGUACUGAUCAUCACCAAAGAAGACUAUUGUACUGCUCACAUGAAGGAAGGGAAUUUAUUCUCCCCACAUUUCCUUAGAGAAAAAUGUCCAAUGUGUGUGUUAGUGUGUGCCAACACUUUUGUUUUCAAAAGGAAUGGUACCAACAGAACCCAGUGGCAUAGCGCAGUUUUGCAGUCCCCCCACAAGGUCUAAGUUGUAUAGCUAAUUUCAUGCUAUUUUCCACAUUUUUCCACAAGGCUGUGUGAAAAUGUUGCUAUUUUAGAGCUCAGGGAUUCUUGAAAGAUGGGACAAUCUCAACUUUUUCCCACAAUUAUUUGUCUAAAUAUUAAUAACAUUUGAAAUAUACAUUUUGAUAGACCAAAGUAGCAGCUAGCGUACCAUAUAAAGGAAAUAGUUUUUUUCUCCACAAAAUACAACGAGCUGGAUUUAACUCCAUCUGACACCAUAAAAGGCAUUUAAUUUGUACAAUUAUUGCCCAAGUGUUUAACCCUAAAGUUUUUUUUUUUUUUGCAAGGGCCGUGUCUCAAUCCACCACAUCGGAGUUG